AUGCAGUCAUCAGGGCACAGAUUCCGUGAUGUCGACCACCACCCGCUUCUUGCUGAAAAUGACAGCUACGAUUCCUCUUCCUCAGAGGCUGACAUGGCAGAGAGGGUUUGGUUCAUCCGAGAUGGCUGUGGUAUGGUCUGUGCUAUAAUGACCUGGCUUCUGGUUGUCUAUGCAGACUUUGUAGUGACUUUUGUCAUGUUGCUGCCUUCCAAAGACUUUUGGUACUCUGUGAUCAACGGCGUUCUCUUUAACUGCUUGGCAGUGCUAGCUUUGUCAUCGCAUCUGAGAACCAUGUUAACUGAUCCAGGGGCUGUACCCAAAGGAAAUGCCACUAAAGAAUACAUGGAUAAUUUACAACUGAAACCAGGAGAAGUGAUCUACAAAUGUCCAAAGUGCUGUAGUAUCAAACCUGAACGUGCACACCAUUGCAGCAUUUGCAAACGAUGUAUUCGAAAGAUGGAUCACCACUGUCCCUGGGUGAAUAAUUGUGUGGGGGAGAAGAAUCAGAGAUUUUUUGUUCUGUUUACGAUGUACAUAGCCCUAAUUUCAGCUCAUGCACUCGUACUGUGUGGGUUUCAGUUUUUCUCCUGUGUCCGAGGGCAGUGGACUGAAUGCAGUGACUUCUCCCCACCUGUUACUGUGAUCCUGAUGAUCUUCUUGUGCCUUGAGGGUUUUCUGUUUCUCACUUUCACUGCAGUCAUGUUUGGCACCCAAAUCCACUCAAUAUGCAAUGACGAAACGGAGAUCGAAAGACUGAAGAGUGAAAAGCCAACAUGGGAGAGGAGACUACGCUGGGAAGGAAUGAAGUCUGUUUUUGGGGGUCAGCCUUCACUCCUGUGGAUCAAUCCUUUUGCAGGAUUUCGAAUCAGGCGACUUCUACUGAGAGGAAAAAAAGGAGGAUCUGAGUUUUCUAUUUGAGUCUAAUU